GUUUCGCCAGAUUUUUUGUAAACAAACGAACGAUCCCAGUAGCUGCUGAUGGUACGCCGCAUACUUAGUAAGCCGAAAAACAUAAAUUAAACACAAAAUUAGUGAACGGAAAGUGCAUUUUUACGCCAGCAAUUAACAGUGACGUGUGGUGUGCGUGCAACCAAUACUACUUUACUUGACGGCCAUAUCGCAUCGACAGGGUGCAAUCCGCAUCGGGAAUCGUUUCUGUUCGUUCGUGCGAGUCGCAAGACCAACCUUCCAUCGUCAUGGAUCCGGAGGCGUUCCUCGAUAUCGCCAACCAGGUGAUCAAGCUGAAGAUGUUCCCGUACUUCGAUAUCGCGCACAGCCUGCUUUGCGCGCUAUCGGUAAAGGAGGAUCUGGGCGCCGGUGCACACACCUUCUCCCGGAAGCAUCCGCUCGCCUGCUGGCUGUCGACGAUGCUGGUCGUCUUUGCCGGUGGUAUGGUCGCGAACGGGCUGCUCGGUGAGCCGAUUCUGGCACCGCUCAAGAACACACCUCAGCUGCUGGUCGCCACCGCCUGCUGGUACAUCGUAUUCUACACGCCGUUCGACAUCGGUUACAAGGUUGCCAAGUUCCUGCCGAUCAAGCUGGUGGCAAGCGCCAUGAAGGAAAUCUACCGUGCGAAGAAGAUUCACGAUGGUGUGACGCACGCCGCCAAGCUGUACCCGAAUGCGUUCAUCAUCAUGAUCAUCAUCGGUACGCUCAAGGGUAACGGAGCCGGUUUCACCAAGCUGAUCGAGCGCCUCAUCCGUGGCGUAUGGACCCCGACGGCAAUGGAGUUCCUGCAGCCAAGCUUCUACACCAAGGCAUCGCUGAUCGCGUCGAUCAUCUUCGUGCUGGACAAGAAAACGGACCUGAUCUCGGCCCCGCACGCACUCGUCUACUUCGGCAUCGUCAUCUUCCUGGUGUACUUCAAGCUGAGCUCGAUUCUGCUCGGCAUUCACGAUCCGUUCGUGCCGUUCGAGAACCUGAGCUGUGCGCUGCUGUUCGGCGGCAUCUGGGACAGCCUGGCCAAGAUUCUUGGCCGCGGCCAGGCCAAGGAGGAACCGAAAGAUGCGAAAAAGUCCAACUAAGCGGCCAGCAGUGUGCUGCACUGUUCUGUGCGCUUAUGUGUGACGGGAUGCCGAAUUUUGAGUUUGUUUUUUUAAGUAGUAUUUUUCAGGGUUUUUGUUUUCUGUCAUAACUUGACUUGAUUUCGACUAAAACGUGGUAUUGCUUAUUUUAAAAUGGCUUGAAAUCUUUUUUUUGUAAAAAGAGGAAAAGCGAGUGAGAUUGAGUGAGAGACAGGGAGAGAACGUUGAGCCAAAUUACGGACCAGAUCAGUCACACACGGUCACCACACGCACACACAUAGAAACAGACACACGCAGGCGUGCUAAGAUCACGCAAACGUGCGACACACGCGGUAGAAGUACGCGGCUAGCAGCUAACAGUCUAAUUUAAGCGUUGAUGAACACGGCGGAGCGGGAUCGGUUUCUAGGAGAGAGGCUAGAGGGUUCGGGAACACUUUUAGUUGUUAUAUUUUUCACUGCUUGCCAUCCAAGUGGACGGAUGACCAUGCCGGUGUGCAUGGUUAUCCAAAUCCACCACCACACACACACACGCACCAACAAAACCAAAGGAGAAACACGUGUUUUAAGAGAUAGGAGACUGGUUUGCCUUUUAGUUUAGUUAUUAUUUACCGGUCCCGUUUAUUUUUUUUAUCUAGUCCCGUGCAAAUGACGCUCCGUUAUGUUUACAUUUACAGUGUAGAGCUAGUCAAAAUUACGAUUAAUUUUUUUUUAGUUUCUUUCGACAUUUAUAAUCGAACCGUGCUCAACAAAAUCGAGCAAAGCGAACAAAAUGCGGCGUGUCACGAAACGGAGAAAAAAGCACCCUCACAUAGCAGUGGGUGGUAUGUGAGUUGUCCUUUUUUUUUCUUCCUUGAAGUGCAUAAUCCCAAACAUGGACGAAGUUUACUGUAGACAGCAGCUACACACACACACCGAACUUGAAAAGACUUAAUUAACUUUUACGAGACAUGGACGUUAGGGGUUUUUUCCCGCCGCUGUGCGAGGGAAAAAGUACGCAACGCUCCGAGAAAAAGAAAAACCAAAGUUCUUGCUAUGAAAUAACACCCCUUUACCAGCGGGGACGUAGCAAAGUGCUACCGGUAGGGCAAAGCGAACGCAAAGCAAUAUGAAGAGCAAUAAAGAAACACGCUGUGAUUCCAGGCAA